AUGGCAGCAAUGAGGGCUCGUCACAAGAUUCGAGCUCCCCGAAGGGGAGUCUCCCAUGCCAAUACCGAAGAUUUCGAUUCUAUAUGGACAGUUCUCUCAUCAUCAUUAACUGAGAUUAAUACUAAAAAUGCCUCAACCCUGGCAUUCGAAGAGAUCUACCGCCAUGCCUACAAGAUCGUGUUGAUGAUGCGGGCUCCUGAUCUUUACGAACAAGUCAAACAACUGGAGCAAGACUGGCUGAAGACCAAUGUCCGGACCCUCAUUAUCGAUUCGAUUUCUUCGAGCCUCGUACGGGCGCAAAAAUCCACCGAUGCGCAGGACCAGUCGAGUGAGAGGAGGGAGGCGGGGGAGAAGUUCCUCACUGUCCUGAAGGAUGCUUGGGAAGAUCAUCAAUUGGGCAUGGGAAUGGUUACCGAUGUUCUAAUGUACAUGGACCGCAUGGUAGCAAGCCGUACUCACCCACCCAUCUACGUUGCCUGUAUGGCUCUAUUCCGAGACCAUAUCCUCCGAGCUCCCGUCCGUGCUGGAUCUGCUUUAACUGUUAUGGAUGUGCUCGAAUCUACCAUACUAUUUAUGAUCCAACUGGAACGUUCUGGCCACAUAAUUGAGCGACCACUUAUUCGGCAUUGCAUCCAAAUGUUGGAGGGCCUCUACGAAACUGCUACAGAGGAGGAGAGUUCAAAGCUUUAUCUAACUGAGUUUGAACCAGCCUUUCUCGAAACGAGUAAGGAGUUCUACCAGGCAGAAGGGCAACGGCUGUUAGAAAUGGGAGAUGCUGCCACGUUCUGCCGACUCGCAACCCAGCGGAUCACUGGAGAGGAGGAGCGAUGCCGUUAUGUGUUGUCGGUCAUGACAGAGCCGAAGGUCCUUGAGUUGCUUGACGAGCAGCUGAUCCGGAUCAAUAUUGACGAGGUCGUCAAUCUUGAGGGAACCGGUGUCCGGCGCAUGCUGGAUCACGAUCAGCUGGAGGGGCUACAGAAUGUUUACAUGCUCAAUAAAAGAGUCGACAAGAAGAAGCAAGCUUUGACGAACAUGGUCAACAAGCGGAUUGUGGAAAUGGGCAAAGAAAUCAAUGCUUCGUCUAUACUCUUACCACAAGCCCCAGCUCCAUCGGCAGAGAAAGAUGGCGAAAAAGAGAAAAAGCCCGAGAAGGGGAAAGAUAAGGAAAAGCCUCAGAAUCAGCAAACAGUGUCGGCAAUUCGCUGGGUCGAUGACAUCCUUGGCCUCAAGCGGAAAUUCGAUAACAUUUGGGAGAAUGCCUUCGCCUCUGACCAGGGCAUGCAGGGCUCGAUUGGGGCCAGCUUUGCCAACUUCAUCAACAUGAACGUGCGGAACUCUGAGUAUCUGUCUCUCUUCUUCGAUGAAAAUUUGAAGAAGGGCAUCAAGGGAAAGACAGAAAGCGAGGUAGAUGUUCUCCUGGACAACGGUAUCACACUGUUGCGCUACGUCAAGGACAAGGAUCUAUUUGAGACAUAUUAUAAGAAACAUCUAUCACGCCGUCUUCUGAUGAAACGCUCUGUCAGCAUGGAUGCAGAGCGACAGAUGAUCUCCAAGAUGAAAUUGGAGGUCGGUAACCAGUUUACUCAACGCAUUGAGUCCAUGUUCAAAGAUAUGACCAUCUCGGAAGAUCUUACCCACAAUUACAAGGAGCACAUUGCGCGCAGUGGUGAUCCUGACGAAAAACCCGUGGACCUGGAGAUCAACGUUCUCACCAGUACCAUGUGGCCGAUGGAAAUAAUGGCAAGCAAAGAGGGAAUGGUCCAAUUGCCUUGCAUCUUCCCAAGGGAGAUUGAUACACUGAAGCAAAGCUUUGAGAGGUUUUAUCUCGACAAGCAUAGUGGCCGCAAACUGUCGUGGCAAGCUAGCAUGGGCACUGGCGAUGUUCGAGCCACUUUCGUACGUUCCAAUGGCAAAGUCCAGCGUUAUGAACUCAACGUGUCGACAUAUGCCAUGGUCAUCCUGUUAUUAUUCAACGACAUCCCAGACGGCGAAGCCCUCACCUAUGACGAAAUCAAAACUCGCACCCAGAUUCAAGACCACGACCUAACCCGCAACUUGCAAUCGCUCGCCGUUGCGCCAAAGACUCGAGUUCUGAAGAAGGACCCUAUGAGCAAGGAUGUGAAGUCCACGGACCGCUUCCUUUUCAACCAUGAUUUCCAGAGCCCCUUCGUAAAAGUGCGUAUCGGAGUUGUCAGCGGCGGUGCGAACAAGGUCGAGAACCAAGAUCAACGCAAGGACACUGAAAAGAAGAUGAAUGACGAGCGUAACGGUACCAUCGAAGCUGCCAUCGUCCGCAUUAUGAAACAACGCAAAACGCUUACGCAUUCUCAACUAAUGACUGAGACCCUUUCGCAACUCUCCGCUCGCUUUGUUCCAGACGUGAACAUGAUCAAGCGGCGCAUUGAAAGUCUGAUUGACCGCGAAUACCUGGAGCGAGUCUCUGAAGAGCCACCCACCUAUGGAUAUGUCGCAUGA